GGCGAAGACUCGACCAAAUAGAUAAUUCCCUUGUUUUUAUAUAAUUUUCAAUGGAACGUAUUGCUAUACAACCAAGAUUAACGGAGAAAGUUUGCGCAGUAAAAGAUGAGGAGGAGCUUAGGAGAAGAGGAUUUGAAAUAGGAUGCGUUUUAGGUGAAGGUUCAUACGCAAAAGUUAGAGCUGCAAUUGUAAGAAAGGGAGAUAAAGAUGGACCAAAAGUAGCUUUAAAAAUUAUUAAUAUGAGAAAAGCUCCUAAGGAUUUCUUAAAGAAAUUCUUACCAAGAGAAUUGAACAUCAUAACAAAUAUUAAUCAUCCAAACAUUAUCAAAUGUUACGAUGUAUUCGAUUAUGGAUAUAAAAAGUUUAUUGUCAUGGAAAUGGCUGGACAUGGCGAUCUUUUAGAAUAUGUUAAACUAAAAGGAGCUUUGGACGAGGAUAAAUCGAGACAUAUGUUCAAGCAAUUAACUAAUGCCGUUGAAUAUUUACAUAGUCUUGAUGUUGUUCAUAGAGAUUUAAAAUGCGAAAAUCUAUUGUUAGACGUUAAAAAUAACAUUAAAGUAUCAGAUUUUGGAUUUUCUCGCGAAAUGAUGGAAAAGGAUCUAAGUAAGACGUUUUGCGGUAGUGCUGCCUACGCUGCACCAGAAAUACUGCAGGGUAUUCCUUAUAGCGGAAAGUCCUAUGACAUAUGGAGUAUGGGUGUUAUAUUAUACAUUAUGCUUUGCGGCUCAAUGCCUUUCGACGAUUCGAACAUAAAGAACAUGAUCAAAUGUCAAACUGAAAGAAAAGUAGGAUUUUCUCGUUCGAGAAAAUUAUCAGAUGAGUCUAAAAAGCUUGUUCAUCUUAUUCUUGAAUCAGAUGUAAGUUUAAGAGCUUCAAUUGAAGAUAUCAAAAAUUCUAAAUGGCUUCAAACCAAUAUGAAUAAUUUAUAUAACGAGAUUGCAUGUUCUAGAAAACCUUUAAUUGACAAACCAGCUUCGUCUAUUUCCGUAAAAGAAACUUUAUGUGGGCGGGGUUUAUGA